AUGAGGAUAUUUAAACAUGCGCAUAUUAAUUUUUCAUUUUCUCAUUAUUAUUCAUCGUUUCUUGUAAUUAAUAUUACUUUCUUCUUCCUUUCUGCUGUCAAAUUCUUCUUUUUAUUAAUAAGUUUUGUUUCCCUCCCCUUUUUGUUUCCCUCCCCUUUUUGUUUCCCUCCAUCUCGUUGUUACCCCUCCCCCGUUGUUUCCCUAUCCACGGCUGUUUCCCUCUCUGCUAUCGUUGUUUCCACCCCCUCGUUUUUCACUCUCCCCUUUUUGCUUCCCUCCCCUUUUUGUUUCCCUCCCCUUUUUGUUUCCCUCCCACUCGUUGUUCCCCCUCCCUCGUUGUUUCCCUAUCCCCGGCUGUUUCCCUCUGCUAUCGUUGUUUCCACCCCUCGUUUUCCUCUCUUCUUUUGUUUCUUUCCCUUUUGUUUCCCUCCCUCACGUUGUUCCCCCUCCCUUGUUGUUUCCCUAUCCCCUGCUGUUUCCCUCUCUGCUAUCGUUGUUUCCACCUCACUCCCUCAUUUUUUUUUUCGUUUGCCCCUUUUCGUUUCCUCCCUUUUCGUUUCCCCCUCCCUUUUUGUUUCCCGCCCCUUUUGUUUCCCUCACUCUCGUUGUUCCCUCUCCCUCGUAGUUUCCCUAUCCCCUCCCUCUCUGCUAUCGUUGCUUCCACCCCAUCGUUUUCCCUCCCUUUUUGUUUCCCUCCCUUUUGUUUCCCACCCCAUUGUUCCCCCCCCUCGUUUUUCCCUAUCCCGGCUGUUUCCUCUCUGCUUUUGUUCCAUCCCUCCCACUUUUUUUCCUCUCCUUUUUUUGUUUCCCUCCCCUUUUGUUCCUCGUUGUUCCCUCCCUCGUUGUUUCCCUAUCCCCGGCUGUUUCCCUCUCUGCUAUCGGCGUUUCCCUCCACCCCCUCGUUUUCCCUCUCCCCUCGUUUUUCCCUCUCCAUUCGUUGUUUUUGUUUCCCUAUCCCCGGCUUUGCUUCCCUCCCCAUCGUUGUUCUCCUCAUUGUUUCCCUACCUUUUGUUUCCCCUCUCUGUUUUCCCCCUCCUCGUUGCUAUCGUUGUUUCCCUCUCCCAUCGUUUCCACCCCACCCCUUUUUCCUCUCCCUUUUUGUUUCCCUCCACUUUUGUUUCCCUCCCUUUUUGUUUCCUCCUAUCUCGCUGUUUCCCUCUCUGCUAUCCUCGUUCGUUUUCCCUAUCCUUUUGUUUCCCUCCCUUUUGUUUCCCUCUCUCUGUUGUUCCCCCCUCCUCGUUGUUUCCCUAUUUCCAAUCGUUGUUUCCACCCCACCCCUCGUUUUUUCCCUCUCCUUUUCGUUUCGUUUCCCCCCCCCCUUUUUUUUUCCCUCUCUGCUAUCGUUAUUUCGUUCGUUUUCCCUCCCUUUUUUUUUUCCCCCCUCGUUUUCCUCUCGUUGUCCCCUUGGCUGUUUCCUCUGCUAUCGUUGUUUCCACCCCUCGUUUUCCUCUCUUCUUUUUGUUUAUUUCCCCUUUUUGUUUCCCUCCCACGUUGUUCCCCCUCCCUCGUUUUUCCCUCUGUUUCCCCUCUGCUUUUGUUUCCACCCCUCCCUCUUUUGUUUUCCCUUUUCGUUUCCCUCCAUUUUCGUUGUUCCCCCCCCCCCUCGUUGUUUCCCGUUGUCCCCUCCUUUUUUUUUCCCUCUCUGCUAUCGUUAUUUCCACCUCCUUUUUUCCCCCGUUUCCCCUUUUUGUUUCCUCCCCGUUUUUGUUUCCUCCCCUGCUAUCGUUGUUCCCCCCACCCCCCGUUUUCCCUCUCCGUUGUUUCACUGUCCCCCCGGCUGUUUCCCCCUCCCUCUGCUAUCGUUGUUUCCUCUGCUACCCCACCCCAUCGUUUUUCCCCGUUUCCUUCCGUUUUUUUUUUUCCCCCCCCUUUUGUUUUCCCGUCCUCUCCCUUUUUGUUUUCCCCCUCCCUUGUUGUUUUGUUGUCCCCGGCUGUUUCCCUCUCUGCUAUCGUUGUUUCCACCCCCUCGUUUUUCCCUCUCUUCUUUUUGUUUCUUUCCCCUUUUUGUUUCCCUCCCUCACGUUGUUCCCCCUCCCUUGUUGUUUCCCUAUCCCCGGCUGUUUCCCUCUCUGCUAUCGUUGUUUCCACUCCACCCCCUCAUUUUUCCCUCUCCCCUUUUCGUUUCCCUCCCCUUUUCGUUUCCCUCCCCUUUUCGUUUCCCUCCCCUUUUUGUUUCCCUCCCUCUCGUUGUUCCCUCUCCCUCGUUGUUUCCCUAUCCCCGGCUGUUUCCCUCUCUGCUAUCGUUGUUUCCACCCCACCCCCUCGUUUUUCCCUCUCCCCUUUUCGUUUCCCUCCCCUUUUUGUUUCCUCCCUCUCGUUGUUCCCCCCUCCCUUGUUGUUUCCCUGUCCCCGGCUGUUUCCUUCUCUGCUAUCGUUGUUUCCACCCCUCCCUCUCCCUUUCCCCUCACGUUGUUCACCCUUCUUUUUUUCCCUAUCGCCCCUGCUUUUGUUUCCACCCCACCCCCUCGUUUUUGUCUCCCCUUUUUGUUUCCCUCCCUCUCGUUGUUCCCCCUCCCUCGUUGUUUCCCUAUCCCCGGCUGUUUCCCUAUCCCCGGCUGUUUCCCUCUCUGCUAUCGUUGUUUACCCCACCCCUUGUUUUCCCCUCCCUUUUUGUUUCCCCUUUCGUUUUUCUCCGUUGUUUCCCUAUCAUUUUGUUUCCCUCCUGCUUCGUUUUCCCCACACCCCACACCCUCGUUUUCUCGCCCCUUUUUUUUUCCCUUUUGUUUCCCCCCUCUUUGUUCCCCUCCCCUCGUUGUUUCCCUUCCCCCUAUCAUCAGCUGUUUCCCUCUCUGCUAUCGUUGUUUUUCCCCUCCCUUUUUGUUUCUCUCCCCACCCCCUCGUUUUUCCCCCUCAUUCGUUUCCCUCUCCCGUUUUUUUUCCCCCUUUUGUUUGUCUCCUUUUGUUUCCCUCCCUCUCGUUGUUCCCCCCCUCCCACGUUGUUUCCCUAUCCCCGGCUGUUUCCCUCUCUGCUAUCGUUGUUUCCCCCCCCUCGUUUUUCCCUCCUUUUUUUUCCCUCCUUUUUGUUUCCCUCCCUCUUUUCCCUAUUCCUGUUUCCCCUCUGCUUUGUUUUUCCGUUUUUCCCUCUCCCCUUUUCGUUUCCUCCUUUUUGUUUCCCUCCUUUUUGUUCCUCCCCUCUCCUUGUUCCCCCCUCCCGUUGUUCCCUAUCCCUGGCUGUUUCCCUCUCUGCUAUCGUUGCUUCCACCCCUCGUUUUCCCCCCUCUUUUUUUUCCCUCCCUUUUGUUUCCCUCCUCUCGUUGUUCCCCCUCCUCGUUGUUUCCCUAUCCCUCGUUGUUUCCCUAUUUUGUUUCCCUCUCUGCUAUCGUUCUUCCACCCAUCGUUGUUCCCCCUCCCUCGUUGUUUCCCUAUCCCCGGCUGUUUCCCUCUCUGCUAUCGUUGCUUCCACCCCCUCGUUUUUCCCUCUCCUCUUUUUGUUUCCCUCCCCUUUUUGUUUCCCUCCCUCUCGUUGUUCCCCCUCCCUCGUUGUGUCCCUAUCCCCGGCUGUUUCCCUCUCUGCUAUCGUUGUUUCCACCCCACCCCUCGUUUUUCCCUCUCCCCUUUUUGUUUUCCUCCCCUUUUUGUUUCCCUCCCUCUCGUUGUUCCCCCUCCCUCGUUGUUUCCCUAUCUCCGGCUGUUUCCCCCUCUGCUAUCGUUGUUUCCCUCUCCCUCGCCGUUUCCCCUCUCUCCCUUUUUGUUUCCCUCAGCCCUCCUUUGUUUCCCCACUCGUUAUUUCCCUUACACCUCGUUUUAUCCACUAUGCUCUCAUUGUUUCCUUCUCCCCUCAUUAAAUCCCACUGUCCUUUGGUCGUUUCAGGUUAA